AUGGUCUACGCCGGAAUUCCAAAUCACUAUACGGGGUCCCCAUCCUCGUAUGUGGCGCCGUCAUUGACGAUCAACCAUGAAGCCACUGUGGAUCUUGAUUCGACCAAUGCAUUUGAAGGGCCUGAAAAGCUUCUAGAGGUGUGGUUCACUGCGUCCCCGGAUGACCUCGUCAAUACUCCAGUGCCAAAUGGACUCAAGGCUGUGUCGGCAGACACUUGGAAAGGCAUGCUCGACCUGGUCAACUGCCAAGUUCUCUCGAUUGUCGAGUCUGACGAUGUCGAUGCUUACCUCCUGUCCGAAUCCAGCAUGUUCGUCUUCCCUCACAAGCUGAUCCUCAAGACCUGUGGUACCACCACCCUUCUGCAUGGGCUUCCUCGCAUUCUUGAAAUUGCUGCACUCUACGCCGGUUUUCCCAAGUCCAGCCCUCCGUUGGUUGGAGGAAUCACAACAGCGACUGCGCCAUACCGUGUGUUCUACAGUCGCAAGAACUUCUUGUUCCCAGAACGCCAGCGCGGCCCCCACCGUAGCUGGAGGGAUGAAGUUAGGGCCAUGGACAAGCUGUUCUUGGGUGGAAGCGCCUAUAUGAUCGGCAAGAUGAACGGUGAACACUGGUACCUGUACAUCACCGAGCCGUUCACUUCGUUGACUCCACCCGCGUCUCCCACCCACGAAACCGACACCAAACAGAUCAAUUUCCCGGGAUCUCUCGAGAAUGGGAAGACCAAGCAAUGCGAGAAUGACGAAACGUUGGAGAUAUUGAUGACUGACUUGGACGAGCAGAAUUCCAAGCAAUUCUACCUCGACCAUGCGAGUGCGGUCGCAGAGAGUCGUUAUCGAUAUGAACAUGAGGAAGAAAACGACGACCUUGUCGACGUUUUCAGCAACCCCUCCUCCAACAACAGCGACGUGGGCUCGGCCUUGCCCUCGGAGCUAUCAAGCGAAGGCCAUGCCCUCGGUACCGUCGUCAGCGAGACCUGCGGACUAGCCAACAUCUAUCCAGUCGACAAACACCCAGGCUCCCGAAUUGACGCCUACCUGUUCUCCCCCUGCGGUUUCUCUGCCAACGGUGUCAUCCCGUCUAACAACGGUAAAUCAGGAACCAACUAUUUCACCGUUCACGUCACCCCGGAGCCUCACUGCUCUUACGCAUCGUUCGAAACUACCGUGCCACAAGAGCAGACCGGACGUGACACCGCCGAAAUCGUCAGUCAGGCCGUGGACAUCUUUAAACCGGGCCGUUUCACCGUCACCCUGUUUGAGGCGAAAUCCUCUUCCAAGGCAAACGCUGAUGAUCUCGGCCAGUCAGUCGAGGGACGCCGCUAUGCUCGUUAUGCUGCACGUCUCCACGGCAAAAUGGAGAACAUCCCCGGCUAUCGUCGUGUCGACCGUAUCGUCCACGAGCUCGACGGAUAUGACCUCGUUUUCCGUUACUACGAACGUCUUGACUGGCGCGGAGGAGCUCCACGCAUCGGAGAGAACUACCCUUAAGCUGCUUCUGUGAUUGUUAACUUUUCGGGCUUUU